CCAUUACAAGCCUGUGAUCUGGCGCGCAAUUCGAGUGCAGGCCGCGGUGCAACACUUUCUUUCUUACUUUCUGCGAGCAACUCGUGUUCCAUAAUUUGGCUCGAAAUGUAUCCUUGAUGCUAUAGGCUCAUAUCUGACAGAUGGGGAGGCGAGGGAGAGGGCCUGGGAAGAUGUUGCGAGCAGAACUCGCAAAGCUGCUUGCCGCUCUUGUGCCCGCCAUCUCCCUCUGUCUAUUGGGCCUUCCACGAGCAGUGUCUGCAUAUAGAAAUACCACGGCGCACUCAGCGACGGUUUCAGCAGCGACGCAUCACCUCUAUAACGUCCACCCGUGGUGCAAAUGCUCAAAACCAGACUGCACGCCAUAUGCGCGCAGCAUAAUGGACAUCACGCCACACUUGGCGUCGCUGCCCGACCUCCCGCCUCAGUCAUGCGUGUUCAACCCGGCCAUCGUCCAUGUGACGGGCAACAUAUAUGUGCUCUUUGCACGCGUCUACGUCGCGAAGGACCCGGCGAAGCGCUGCGUGCUGGGCCAGCUCGACAAGCCGCCCUUCAUGGACGCCUGGAACGGCACGCUGGCAAACAUGCUCGCGGUAGUGCGCCUCAAGCGCCGCAACCUGCCCACCGCGGCAACACCGGUCGUGCGCGCUCCCAUGGGCAUCAAGGUCAUCGGCUAUCGCUACCUAAACGAGACCAACUUAGAAGACGGGCGGCUCUUCAAGGACAAGGCCGGCCGGGUGAUGCUGUACCUGUCCAUGCCCUUCGGCAAGUACGGCGGCCUGCGCUCCUCCAUCAACCUGGUCUACCGCAUCUUCCUCAAUUGCACGCUCGCCGGCAGGCCCGUGCGCUGUGACCCCUCCAUGGGACCCGCCCGGCUGCUGUACUACACCGGCAGUCGCGCCUGGGACAAGAACUGGGUGCCGUGGAACGGCACUAGCAUGAUGUCGUACGUACGGUACGGCCCCUUCGGCCCGCACUCCACCAUCGACUGGCUCUCCUACACCCAGCCGAGGCCGCGCAACCGCUUCGCCGCCGUGGCCUCGGAGCCCUUCUUCGGCCGCUUUAACAGCACCUUUGGCCGCCUGAUGCACCUGUCGGGCGGCACGCCGGCGGUGCUGGAGCCCGGGGGGGAGUCGUACUUGGCAGUGGGGCACGUGCGCGCGCACCCCGGCUGCCUGCACCCGCACGCCAUCCCGGGGUUGCUGGAGCUGCUGGGACCCAAGGUGCGCGCUAACUGCCUGCACAUGCUCAAGCUGCCGGCGGAGACGAAGGAGUCCAUCCCCUUCCACUCCUUCAGCUACACCGCGGCCGACGGCAGGGUGUAUAAGCACUACCACGUCGACUACAGCUUCUUCUUCUACAGGUUCAGCUCGUCACCGCCCUACCCCAUCACGCACAUCAGUCACGGCGUGCUGCCUCCCUCAGAGGGGCACUUCGGCAUCGUGUUCCCCAACGGCCUUGAGCGACUGGGGUCGGACUGGCUCAUAGGCUACGGCGACGCCGAUCAGGCCGCCAAGCUGAUGCUGCUGAGCGCCGCCGACGUGGAGAAGCUGCUGGUGCCGCUGCACAUGAUGGAGCACCUGGUGAAGGAGUACUCGGUGUGCACGCUGCAGCUGCAGGGGCAGGACCAGCGCCUGCGCUCCGAGCUGUGAGGGGCUGUGAGGGGCUGCUCCGCCGCCGGAGCUGGAGGGCUGCCAGGGGGGCACCGCCUGUAGGCCGGGCGGGCUGUGGGCACCGGCGCGGUGCGGCGCAGCACCCUGCGGCGCGGUGUUGGCAUGUAUGGCGGGCCGCCAAGAGCAGCAGGCGGAUGGCAUAUGCGUCACAUAAGGCAACAGUUUGCUCGCGCUCUGCCCCAGCAGCUUGACGCGUGUCAGGCCUGUUCCAUACAAUGCCGCUGGGGGCCGGGCGGCGGCACUGUCGUUGUUUGGUAACCGGCGGCGUAGCUCAGGACGUGGCAGCCGGCAAAGCGGAGUUGGUGCUUGAGGCACCGGCGCUUCGCUGAAACGGCUUCCCAGUUUGUUAGAGCUUCAUAGGAUUCUUUGUACUGGGCUCCUGGCAGCGGCUGACAUGAAGCGCGCGCGCACACAGUCACAUUUGCGAGUGUUAGGACUUGCGGGGUCAUGCGCUGAAGAACAGGGCGCGGGAGGUAUGGUGGGGGAAGCAGAGGGGAUUGCGGGAGGACAACGUGCCAGGGCUAUUCGUAUGUGAACUUGCCGUUCCGGCGUGCGGCGAGCGCAUGCAAACGGCCCGGAGACUGAAAUGAAUUCUAGGGGACACAUGGUACUGCGCGUAGUAUGGUUUUAGUAGGCUGCCACCUGGAAUGUGGUUUUUAGCGUGCGACUACAAAAGAAUGUUGGACUACAAGAUGCGUGGCUUGGCGGCUGGGACGAAGGUGCUUUGCGGUGUCGUGAGGCGGACGGAAGGGCGCGUGGGCGAGCCCACUCUCGGUGCUUGCAGGCAGCAUGUAGGUGCGGUUUACGUCUGGCUGUUCUUCAGCCCUGAUUGGAGUGACGGUGGUGGUGCAGGUGGUGACGGUGACGGGGUUGGUGAUGGCGGUGUGAGCUGCAGUGGAAUCGCCGUACACGCGUGCCGACGCGGGCGCGAAACCCACCCGCAUCGCGACCACUGCCUGGGGAGCGGCACGCCGGCAGUUCAUAUGCGCCGGGCAACCAGUGACAGCAGUUGCCCGACAUCAGCGGGUGCGGAUGGGCGCGGCUGAUGUUGUUGCUGUUUGAAGAGCAGCUAAGGACUAGGGCGCUAGGUUGAGGCAGAUUGCGGUCCGCGUUCGUCUGGCAGUCAGGAGGGGUAGGGGUUAGGCCUCGAGUGAGGGAUUGCGCGCAGUCGUGUGUGCGCGUAUGUGUGGAUAGUAUACCUGAGUCCUCCCAAGUUACAGGCGCGAGUGGAGUGAAGGGCAGGGCACAACGCGCAGGAAACAGGAGUGUUUUAUGAUGAAGGGCCGCUCGGUGCUCGCGCAUACGCUCAACUUGCGCUGCGUCGACGCGGGGCCCCAGGAAUGACGGGGCACAUGGGGCGUGCGCCCCGGGGGUGCUUCUUAUUGCCUCGCUGGCGACAUUUGUGUAUGUCACCGUCAGGCUGUUUUCUUGUGUGCGGCGUCAUUGCGGGGCGGGCCAAGUGACCAAGUUGAUAACGACCCGGGAUCAGCCCUUUUCCUGCCAUAAGGCAGCCACCUCCUUGUUUGUGUGCGGUAUGUUUGACCGCGGUAUUACCGCGACCAGUUUGACAGCACUUCAGGCAGACACCUGCGGAGCACGGGUGCAGAUGGCACUACUAUGCGGUUUGUAUGACACUGGUGCGCAGACGGUGGGUGCUAGAAGAUGGGGUACUAGGAGAAUGGGGGCCGAGGAAGAUAUACUCUGACUGUGUAGGCUAGGCUUAGGGCGGGUGUGCGAUGGGACAUGGUUUAGGCAGGUUGGCGAGGUAGUUGCAAAUUGCGAGCCUGCCAACAGAAGGCACGAAGCCACCGAACUGACAGCAUUUAUGUAACAUACACUGGCA